UCAAACCAGCUGCGAGGAAACAGCUUUAGCCUGUGCAAGUGAGCUGGGGCCUUAGAGGGAUUAACCCAUCUCAUAGCUGACUUUACAAAGACUGAAAGUUCAGGUGCUUUAAGGAAGUGGAGGUACAGGGAUGGGACUGUGAGUGCAUGGAGAACGUGGUCUGGGGCUGCGGCUCACCCACACUCUGCUCCAGUGACCCUUUUGCAGGGGACCAUGGAGAGCAGGUGCUGAGAUCGAGUGCUUGGCAGAAGCAGCACGGGGCUGGUGAAGAUGGAGAAUGGCACAGGAGACGAGCAGAACCAGACUGGGCUGCCACUAUCAAGCCAGGAGAUCAUUACAGCUGAAUACCAAGUGGUUACCAUCCUCUUGGUCCUCCUCAUCUGCGGGCUGGGCAUCGUGGGCAACGUCAUGGUAGUUUUGGUGGUCCUCAGAACCAAGCACAUGAGAACUCCCACCAACUGCUAUCUGGUGAGUCUGGCCGUGGCAGAUCUCACAGUGCUUGUGGCUGCAGGACUGCCCAAUAUCACAGAGAGCCUGUACAGAUCCUGGGUGUAUGGCUACGUCGGGUGCCUCUGCAUCACUUAUCUCCAGUACCUGGGAAUCAAUGCUUCUUCUUUCUCCAUCGCUGCCUUCACCAUUGAGAGGUACAUAGCCAUCUGCCACCCAAUCAAAGCUCAAUUCCUGUGCACUUUUUCAAGAGCCAAAAAGAUCAUUGUUUUUGUUUGGGCUUUCACCUCCAUAUACUGUAUGCUCUGGUUUUUCUUGCUAGACCUUAACACAGUAGCCUACAAAGAGACCACUGUUGUGUCCUGUGGCUACAGGGUCUCCAGGAGCUAUUACUCUCCUAUCUACAUGAUGGACUUUGGUAUAUUUUAUGUUGUGCCAAUGGUAUUGGCAACUGUGCUCUAUGGCCUGAUUGCUAGAAUACUGUUCCUGAACCCCAUCCCUUCAGACCCAAAAGAAAACUCUAAGACCUGGAGGAAUGAUGUGGCUCACCAAAGCAAGCCUGUGAAUUCCAAGAUGACUAACAGGAGUUUCAAUAGCACUAUUGCUUCUCGAAGGCAGGUUACCAAGAUGCUGGCCGUGGUUGUGAUCCUCUUUGCAUUCCUGUGGAUGCCCUACCGCACCCUGGUUGUUGUCAAUUCCUUUCUUUCCAGACCCUUCCAAGAAAACUGGUUCCUGCUAUUUUGCAGAAUCUGUAUUUAUUUAAAUAGUGCCAUCAAUCCUGUAAUUUACAAUCUCAUGUCCCAGAAAUUCAGAGCAGCCUUCAGGAAACUGUGCAACUACCAGCAGAAACAGGAGAAGAAACCUGCCAGUCACAGCAUGGCCCUAAAUUAUAAUGUCAUCAAGGAUUCUGAUCAUUUCAGCACUGAGCUAGAAGAUAUUACCAAUACCUACCUGUCCUCUGCAAAACUGUCCAUUGGUGAUACCUGUUUGUCAUCCAAGGUAAUAGCCUGA